GAGAGGACGGCGGCGGCGGCGGCGGAGAGGACGGCGGCGGCGGCGGAGGCGCCAGUGUAUGGGUGGCAACGCAUCGAAGAUGGCGGCUCCUGUAGUAGUGAACGCGACGGCCAAGCACACAGCAACCGUGAUCUUCCUUCAUGGUCUUGGUGACACUGGUCAUGGAUGGGCAAGCGCAAUGGCUGCUAUUGGCUCACCACACAUAAAGUUCAUUUGUCCUACUGCGCAAGUGAUUCCAGUGUCACUCAAUGCUGGCUUCAGAAUGCCUUCAUGGUUUGACUUGAAAUCUCUUGAUGUGGAUGGUCCUGAAGAUGGGGAUGGCAUUAAGAAAGCGAGAGAUGGAAUUCAUCACUUAAUUGAAGAGGAGGUGAAGAAUGGCAUCCCACAUGAACGUAUUGUGUUGGGAGGCUUCAGCCAGGGCGGUGCUCUGGCCUUCUAUUCUACCUUCACCCACACCAGGACACUUGCUGGGGUUGUUGGUCUAUCAUGUUGGCUGCCACUCAGGGAAGAAUUUCCUCAGGCUGCUAUUAGCAACACUGGCUCACCGAUCUUGCAGUGUCAUGGCGAUUGUGACCCUAUAGUACCAUAUAAAUUUGGCCAGAUAACAAGUCAAAUAAUCAAGAAGUUUGCUGGCAAUAUUGAGUUCAAGACAUACAGAGGCAUGAUGCAUUCUUCUUGUGAAGAGGAAAUGGCUGAUAUUAAGAAGUUCAUUACGAAGUGUUUGCCUCCAGCCUAGAAAGCUCAAACAUUGCCACUAAUGUCAAAUAUAGUGCAUUGUAUGGAGUUAAACACCUGUACAACAGUCACUUAUGCAAGAGAAACAAAAACAGUCAAGUUGUAUAAUCAGUAUUUAAUCUAUAUAUUUUAAUGUACAUCAUCGUCAUGACUUUUCAAGGUUGCAUCUCCAUAUUAAUAUAGCAUUAAAAUUUUAAAUUCUAUUAGGACUUGCUGUUCACAGUAGCAGAUACAAAAAAAAAUCCUAAGUGAAUUUGCAUUCUUUGACCACUAUACUGGUGUUCCACAGUUGUUUUGAAGCACUUUCUGUAUGUGUAACCUUUGUUUGGAAAUUAAAUGUAAUUUGUUGAUAAUUUGGUUGACAAUAGUAUUUAUCUUAAGUAAUAGUCAUUGUGCAGGAAAGGUACUGGUAAUGUAACGUAUUGUAAGGUCCUGCAAGGCUAGAAAAUAUUUGAUUUUUUCAUGCUAAAAAUACUUUUUAAAUUAGGACAUUAAUUUGACAAAAUUAUUAUAGAAGUGUAUGACCUUUUAUCACUGCAUUAGGUUUAGAAUAUUCAUAUUAAUGGUGCAUUUUACAAUUUUCCACAUGAACUUAAAUACAUAAUUACAUUGCAUUAUCUCAACUGCCUUGCUCACCAAUGCAAAUAAUUCAUAAAUAGAACUCCCUUUAACUAGAAUUAAAUGAUAGUUAAUUAAAAUGUUUUAUUACUUACAAAGAAAGGUUCUUUAAAUUAAUGUUUAAAAUAAGUGAAUGUUUUUAUCGAGGGCAGUCCUGGUACGUAGUGGGAAACAUAGUAAAUAUCCAAAUUAAAUUGAAUAUGUACACAGGAAAUGGAUUUGAGUUACAGAAAAUGUAUAGAGAAAAGCAUUUAUUUUAAAAAUAUUUUGUUGACAUGAGUUGCAAGGGAGUGGUGCCACUUAGUUACCGAGUCACACUCUAGUUCAUUAACGCUUGAGAUAAUAUGGGUUUCGUGGUGGGCUUGCAUAUAUAUAUAUAGUGUGUAUAUAUAUAUAUAUAUAUUUUUUUUUUUUUUUUAAACAAGUCGGUCGU